GUUUAUGUUAUUUAUUGUUUUUUUCCUUGAAACCACAAGACAAGCCUCCAUAUCUUCUCGCUCUGCCAGGUCCCCAACACUUCCAGACGCUGUUCUUCUCCUCUCUUCUUCUCAACUUUCUUCUUUCAAGCCCCCCUUUUUCUUUUGCUUUAACGGAACUUUUUAAGGACUUCAAUAUAUAUACACUACUUGCUGUAGCUGAGGGGGCUACUGUAUAAGCUCUUGUUCUUGUUUGUGGUCUUGAGGGAAGAUGAGCGCUUCGAAGUUCAUUAAAUGUGUUACAGUUGGAGAUGGAGCUGUAGGGAAAACCUGUAUGCUAAUUUGUUACACAAGUAACAAGUUCCCCACUGACUAUAUACCUACAGUGUUUGACAAUUUCAGUGCUAAUGUAGCUGUGGAUGGGAGCAUUGUCAACUUGGGUCUUUGGGAUACUGCAGGUCAGGAAGACUAUAGCAGGUUGAGGCCACUGAGUUAUAGAGGUGCAGACAUAUUUGUUUUAGCUUUUUCAUUGAUCAGCAGGGCAAGCUAUGAAAAUGUUCUCAAGAAGUGGAUGCCUGAACUUCGGCGAUUUGCACCCAAUGUUCCAAUCGUUCUUGUUGGAACAAAGUUAGAUCUUCGUGAAGACAAAGGAUAUCUAGCUGAUCAUAUGGGAUCCAAUGUCAUAACAUCUGCCCAAGGAGAGGAACUGAGGAAGCAGAUUGGUGCAGCAGCUUAUAUUGAGUGCAGUUCUAAGACUCAACAGAAUGUCAAAGCGGUUUUUGAUACUGCAAUCAAGGUUGUUCUCCAACCUCCAAGGAGGAAGGAGGUGGCCAGGAAGAAGAGGCGCAGAAGCACAGGGUGCUCAAUUGUUUCUUUAAACUGCAGGAGCAUUGUAUGCGGAGGCUGUGCUGCAGCAUAAGGAGGGGGGGGCAUGUUGAAACGAGGAUGGGUGGUGAUAUCCAACCUUUGACAGGUUCUUUUGAAACUCACAUUAUAUAUAUAAUUUGUGUAGGGAGGUGUAUUGCAGCUGAAGCAAUACAUUUUGAUGUAUCAAAUUGUUAAGUUUGAUAUGACAAACUGGCAAGAAGGAAGAGCAAGUGGGAAUUGUUCAUUCUCUCAUGCACUCUUGGCAUCUUUUAAUUUGUGGUUGUUGUGAAGAAGCAGGGAAGACUUAUUUUUAUAUAUUAUUAUUUUCAGAAGGAUUGCUACCA